AUAAGGGUUUUUUGGCGAGCCAAACCGCACCUUAACCCGGUUUGAUUGGGUUAUGAGUUUGAGUUAUGUGUUUGAGUUCUCGCAAAAAUUCUUUUGGUUUGUUUAUGUAUGUUGUCUGUCUACGUCUAUCCCUAUUAGCUAGUCCUCUAACCUUAGAAAAUUGACCUAAGAGAGUUACUUUUAUUAUUUUUAGUUUUACUGGUUAUCUCUGCUUUUACCAUUUUAUUAAAAUAUGUAUCGGUUACCUAAAAGGAUUAAAUUAAUGUAUGGAUUAUUAUCAGAUGAUAUGUUUUCAAAUAAUUUCACCACCUCAAAUGCGAUUAACGUUUGUGACUAUCUGUUUGAAGCAAGUGGAGUCGAUAUGGAAGAAGUAAACAUGUUUUGUCUUACAAUUGGACAUAAACAUUGCCGAUUCCCAAAUUUCUAUGAAGUAUGGAUAGAUAAUUAUUUGUCAUAUGAUUUUUAUAUGCACUUUCGAAUGACAAGACAAACAAAUGUAACAUUAAUUGAUGCACUCGGCAAUGUUUUGAGUCGUUCCCAGUACCGUGGCGGAUACUUACCAAUUCAAUUAGAAAAGAAGGUACUCAUUUGUUUAUGGUAUUUAGCUAAAGGCGAUACCAUGAUAUCGAUUGGUGAUCGUUUCAAUGUAGCAACUUCGACAGUAUUUAACUGUAUUGAUACUAUUCUGCAAGGACUUUGUAAUCUAACAAAUAAAUAUAUAUUUUGGCCAACUGCAGAAGAAUGUAUCCAAGUGAGCGAAGAAUUUUUUGCAGCCUGUGGAUAUCCAGAUGUUAUUGGUGCGAUUGAUGGAUGUCACAUAGAUUGUACAAUACCUCAGGGGCAACAUGAUAGCUAUCAAGAUCGACGUUUAAACCACUCCAUAACAUUACAGGGAAUCAGUUCUUCAUCAAGAAUUUUUAUUAAUAUAUUUGUUGGGUUUCCUGGCUCAGUACAUGAUGCUAGAGUUUUAAAUGAAAGUGGUUUAAUCAGGAGAAUUCAAGAAAUGGGGCCAAGUAAAUACUUUUUUAAUAAAUAUCAUCUGCUUGGUGAUUCAGCCUACCCUUGCAAAUCAUGGCUAAUGACACCAUAUAGGGAUACUGGCAGGUUAACAAGGCAGCAGAAGCGUCAUAACUAUAGUUUAAGUAAAGGAAGAGUAGUGAUAGAACAUGUUUUUGGCCAAUUAAAAGGAAGAUGGGCAAUUUUAAAACAUAUAAAUACAUAUUCCAUCAAAAAGGCAGUAGAAGUAAUUACAUCCUGCUGUGUUCUUCACAAUUUCUGUCUUUUUGUCAAUGAUGAUUUUAAUGAUAUACGGAAUGUGACUCCCGAGUUACCUGAUGCAGAAGAUCCUCCGGCACAGAGUGAUGUGGAGCAAAGUGGUCUGUAUAAACGGGAUGAAAUUUGUUCUGAAAUGUAAAAGUAGUACCUACCUACAUAAUCUAUACCUAAUUUUAAUUUUGUUAAGUAUAUAAAACUUUAUACUAUUUUUAGGGUUUAUUAACUUCAAAUUUAAAUAAAAAAUAAUCGUGUGUUCAUGCUUUUAUUUUCAAUAAAUAGGUAGAUCGUAUAUCCUUACCUAUAACUAAAAUACAAAAUAAAACUUAACAAUUUACGAUCACAAAUGAAUCACAGGUAUAAAAAAUAAAACUAAGUUCAUGCAUUGACAUAAUGAAGACAAUAAAAUAAUUUACAAAAAAAAUAGGUCCAAAAAACCUUAGUCAGAAUCUGACGAUCUUCUCCUUUUUUUGGAUUUACUAUUAGUUUUC